AUUAUAGAUUUAUCAUCAGACUAGUGUCGCUGGCGGUGCAGUAUUCCCAGGCCAACAACUCCAUCUACCACCGGCAGUACCAAGCCUUUUUGUGCCGCCACUGCUUGCAAAUUCUUUAUCAGCUGCCGCUGCUGGAUCGGCUGGUGUUGUCACACAAGCGACUGGCUUAGCAACUGCUGCCACUCAUCCGCUUGUUACAACUUACUCUGUGCGCAACGGACCAAUCUUUCCAGCUGUUACAUCGCAACCAGAUCUUAGCGCUAAACAGGAGUGCUACGUUGAACUUAGUCGUUUGCCAUCGGAACUUUUACGUCCAGCAGCGCUUGAGCAAUUUUUG